UUUUUCAGUCGCAAAAAGUUUCCGCAAAUUUCCUCGAACCCUCUCUCCCGGCCCUCCUCCCUCCCCGAAUGACCUGUCGCAGAACACGGCAGCUUCGUCUGGCUUUCUCAGCUCAGUUUGGAUCAGAUCAAAUGAUAAGAUGAAAAAUGCAAAACUGCCCACGAUCGGACCGUCCAUUUUCUUAUCACAGCACAAUCUUAAACUCCCGGUCCCACCUGACCAAGCUUUCCCCCCAACGCAAUAUCUCUUUCACACAAAUGCCACCUCUCUUGCCUCUGCUCUGCAGCACUACAUCAACUCGGAUAACCCCUCCCCUGGCCGAAAGAUACAUUCCCAUAUUCUUAAAACUGGGUUCAGGACCAAUACAAAUAUCUCCAUCAAACUCCUCAUUUUGUACUUGAAAUGUCGCUGCCUGAAAUAUGCACGCCAAGCGUUCGAGGAAUUACCUCAAACAACGCUUUCUGCUUAUAAUUAUAUGAUCGGUGGAUAUAUCAAACAUGGAAAAGUUGAAGAAUCACUUGGUUUAGUUCGUAGACUGGUUUUUUCUGGGGAAAAGCCUGAUGGGUUUACUUUUUCUAUGCUUUUAAAGGCAUCUACUUGUGCUUGUCAUGUGCCUUUGCCGUGUAGUUUAGGAAGAUUGGUGCAUGCUCAGAUACUGAAAUCUGCUAUUGAGCUGGAUGAUGUUCUUUAUACAGCGCUCGUUGACUCCUAUGUUAAGAAUGGGAAGGUUACUUACGCUAGGACUGUGUUCGAUAUGAUGCUGGGAAGGAAUGUAAUAUGCUCAACAUCGAUGAUUUCAGGGUACAUGAGUCAAGGUUCUAUUGAGGACGCUGAAGAUAUAUUCAGGAAGACGGUGGAAAAAGACGUGGUGGUAUACAAUGCGAUGAUUGAAGGUUACAGCAAAUCGAUUGAAUAUGCUAGCAGGUCGCUUGAGGUUUAUAUUGGCAUGCAACGGUUGAGCUUUUGGCCUAAUAUCUCUACAUUUGCUAGUGUGAUCGGGGCUUGCUCUGUGUUGACAGCAUUUGAAACUGGCCAACAAGUUCAGAGUCAACUGAUGAAGACUGAAUUUUUCUCUGACAUUAAGUUGGCAAGUGCUGUCAUAGACAUGUAUUCUAAAUGUGGAAAAAUUGUGGACGCACGAAGAGUUUUUGACCACAUGACAGAAAAGAAUGUAUAUUCAUGGACUUCCAUGAUUGAUGGAUACGGGAAGAAUGGAUAUCCUGAUGAAGCACUUGACCUCUUUAGCAAGAUGCAAAAGGAAUACCACAUUGAACCCAACUACGUUACAUUCCUUGGUGCUCUAUCUGCUUGUGGACAUGCUGGGCUAGUUGAUAAAGGCCGGGAGAUCUUUGAAAGCAUGGAGAGAGAUUACUCGAUGAAACCAAAGAUGGAGCAUUAUGCUUGCAUGGUUGAUCUCUUAGGCCGUGCCGGCAGUUUAAAGAAAGCAUGGGAGUUUGUAAUAGGGAUGCCCGAAAAGCCCAAUUCUGAUGUUUGGGCUGCUCUGCUUAGUUCGUGUAGGCUGCAUGGUGAUGUUGAGAUGGCAAACAUAGCUGCCAAUGAACUUUUUAACUUGAAUGUUGAUGGUCGGCCUGGGGCAUAUGUUGCACUAUCCAAUACUUUGGCAGCUGCCGGGAAAUGGGACAGUGUUAGUGAACUCAGGGAGAUAAUGAAGUUCAAAGGGAUAUCCAAAGAUACUGGCUGGAGUUGGGUUGGGACUGAUAGUGCUUUAUAAGCUUUCAGAUUCACAUGGCG